UCGACUGCUACUCUCACUGUGCUACUCAGCAUUUGAUUAACUCGACCUCUAUAUGUAAGCCGGCAAAAUGGAAAUUACCUGGAAGUCCAUUGUCGUAUUCAUCCUAGCAUUUUUAGGGGUAAUAGUCGUCGCAGCGCUGAUCACUCGAUGGCUCGAUCUGCAGGGGAAGCUAGCUCGCCUGUUGACUAGGAAUAGGAGACACUCGAAGCCUGGCCUGCCAGAUUCGAUUCAACAGGCGCUGGUACAGCUAGAGGGCGCAACUGAGAAGAGGCACGCCCGUAAUUCACUGACAGAAUCGGAGGAUGCUGAAUGUCCGAUUUGCCUUGCGCACCUCUACUCUAGCGACACUCGCCCAUCCACACCAGCAACCGGCCACGAUACGGAUCUAGAGGCCGGAGACGGUAUAUCGAGAUCUGCUACGAUAAUCACAGUGGCUUCGGACGCAGCUGCAAAGAAACAUCAGCCUACACAGCCGAUCGAUGACGAAGUAUUGAAGAUGAAGAGGUGUAGACAUGUAUUUCACGCCAAGUGUCUAGCUACGUGGUUUCUGCGGAAAGAGUACAGGUGUCCAGUCUGCCGAGUUCCGUAUUACGAGGCGGAAGAGGAGACGGUGGAAGAAGACUAUCGUAUAUCCGCUCUACUGCCGGUUGCCGUCAUCUGGUAACCAGUCUUAGAUACCUAGUCGUAGUGGGUUAUCAUCGCUUGAGAGGCAUGAAAAGAGGGCAUGGGUCAGGUACCUGUGUAGAAUAGAGCAGAGCGAUGUAUUGGGUAUUGAAGAAGAAUGUGUUCCGUUGACAAGGUACACGGCCGAUAAGCUGGAACCUAAUUGAGGCGAUGCACGGCUGGGAAUACAUGAUGUCUUCAAACGAGAAAUGGGUUGUAGCUGCUUGAAAUCCCUUUGGAUUAUUAGCCAUAAACAGUCGUUUAAUAGAAUCGCUUAUAAAUGUGAGAUUUUACAUGAACUGGAAUGAUGUGAAGACUAGCUGCGUUACCCGUUCGCGCAAACGCUUACGGGGAGUCCCUAGCUUCAAGAGUGCCUUUUACGCCACAUAUAAGUCUGGCCUCU